CAUGUCACUGGCUUUCCAAAAUGCCGAGUCUGUUAAACAGGCUCUUUUCGAGGAGUUACAAAGUUUGCUCAGUUCCGAUUCGGCGGUACGACAAUCGGCAGAACAGCGUAUGAAACAAUUAGAAUUUACAGAAGGUUAUGGCGUGUAUUUGUCUGAAUUGAUAAUGAACCAAUCAUUUGAUUUGGCCCUUAGGCAGCUGGCUUGCAUUAUGCUAACACGUUAUGUGGAAAAUCGUUGGGGUGAAUGCGAUGAAGAAGGCAACCCCAAUGUAGAUGGCGGUCUGGCAACGGAUCAAGCCAAGCGAACAAUACGCAACAUAUUGCCAAAUGGCUUGUAUGAUCCCAAUUCAAAGAUACGUUCAUCGGUGGCCCAUGCAAUUUCGGCAAUUGCUGCCACCGAUUGGCCUGGUGUCUGGACUGAAUUGUUUGAUAUUAUUGUUAAAUGUUUGGGUGGCAAUGAGAAUUCCAUACAUGGUGCCAUGCAAAUUUUACAAGAUUUCUCAUACGAUGAGAAACAGAUAAAGGAAUUGGGACCAGUUAUCAUAUCGGAGGUUUAUCGUAUUUUCGAGUCGGAGCAGAAUUAUUCCAUCAAAACAAGAACAUCAGCCAUACGCAUACUGAAGCCAUUGUUUGCUUCGAUAAGUAUUAAUAUUAUGGAUAAACAGGAACAGGCCAAUAUGGCAAAUUCUAUUUUGACCAAUUUCAUGGAAAAACUUAUGCAUUAUUUGUCAAUGGAUUGCGGGGCCUCGUCGAAUUUUAUGUUGAGAACGGAAAUUGUUAAAAUUCUCACCCACUUGGUAACUGAAAUGCCCAAAUACAUUCAACCACACAUGGAACGUAUUCUACCAGUUAUAUGGCGUUUGUUGACACAAGUUGCCGAAACGUAUGUUAAGGUAACAGUUAACCAAACCGAACCCAGUCCAUUCCCUGAAGGUGAAUCUGAAGAAGAUGAUGAAUUGAAUAAUUUCUCUGCCAUGAUCAUACAAAUUAUUGAAUUUGUUCAAUGUGUAAUUGGUGCUGGCAAAUUCCGUUCAACCAUUAAAAAUGUUCUCACCGAUUUGAUUUAUAUUAUGAUUGUGUAUAUACAAGUUCCCGUUGAACAAAUCGAAGAUUGGAAUGAGGAUCCUGAACGAUUUGUUGAAGACGAAGAUGAUGCGGGGGUGGAGUUGACCAUUCGUGUCUCUGGCCAAGAUGUGUUGGUGGCCUUGAAUGAAGAGCUGGGUCCCAAGGUUUUAACAGCCUUGCAAGAAGCCCUCGGUCGUCACAUGAAUGUUGCCGAAGCUGAAAAAUCUGCCGGCAAUCCAAAUUGGUGGAAAAUUCAAGAAGCUUGUAUGGUUGCAGUUCACGUUUUCCGUGAUUUGAUUUUAGAAUCGGAAGAUAAAUUUGAAUUGUUAAAUUAUUUGACUUUGGUACGCAAUUGGUUGAAUCAUCAAGAGUGUCCACAUUUGGUGGGACGUGCCUUGUGGACAUUGAGCACAUAUUCCAAAUCGAAAUUGUAUAAUGCCCAAAUGUUGGAAGAGAUUUUGAAUGUCACCUUGCAAAGUUUGCAGGACGAUAAGGCUAUAGUUUUGAAAAUAAGCGCUGUAAGAGCUAUUCAUGGAUUCGUGCAGGCUCACGAAAAAUCGGAUGGUGAAAAACGUGCUUUGAUACAAGCUAAAUUACCAGGCUUUGUUGAGGGUAUUAUGAGCCUAAUACCCGGCUGCAAGAGUUCAGUUUUGGCAAUGCUUUUGGAAGCCUUGACGACAAUUAUAACGUUCGAUCCAGCAUUUGCUGCUCAAGCUCAAACGAAAAUUAUUCCCCUAACAAUUGCAGUAUUUUUGAAGUAUCCCGAAGAUCCAUUCAUUUUGGAAACCGUACAAGAUGUAAUUAAGGUCCUUUGCCAAAAUCCUCAUUGCCUUCAACCAUUGCAGGAGAAAUUCAUUCCAACCAUUGUUAGCAUUCUAUCGCUACAGGGUGAUCAGGCAAAUGCCGCAAAACAAGAUAUAGCUUUGGAUGUCUUAACCACCAUUGUACGGUAUUCACAAGCGCCGUUACCAGCUGCUUUGGUGGAAAAUGCCUUCCCUGCCAUGAUACACUGUGUACGUCGCUCCGAUGAUCAAGCCGUUAUGGUGGCUGGCGGUGAAUGUCUGAGAGCUUUCAUAUUUGUCUCUCCCGAACAAAUUUGCACCUACAACAAUGGCGAAGGCCUAAAUUACACCAUGGAAUUGACCACAAUGCUCUUGAAUCCAAUGAACAAUGAAAUGACUGCUGGGCAAAUCGGUCGUUUGGUCAUUACCAUAAUCACCAAAAUGGGUAAUAUGUUGGGUGAAAAUGUUGAUCUGCUCUUGAAGGCAGUCAUCAGUAAAAUGCAGUUGGUGGAAUGCCUUAAAGUUAUUAUGAGUUUAGUGGUGGUCUUUGCCCAUUUGUUCCUUACACAAAUGGAUGCUGUAUUGAAUUUCUUGUCCACAGUGCCAGGACCAACUGGAGAACCAGCAAUGCAUUUUGUGUUCAGUAAUUGGUUGCCCAAACAGACCUCCUUCUUUGGCACAUAUGAACGCAAAGUAACCACCAUGGCUUUGUGCAAACUUUUCGAGUACGGUGUUACCACACAAGACCCACGUUUAACAUCGGUGAACGUUAAAGAUAUGGUCAUCAAUGAGGCUGCCAACAAUACACCUCGCAUUAAAACACGUUCCCAAUCGAAUGCCAACCAUCAAUGGGUAACCAUACCGGCCUUGGUGAAAAUGUAUAAAUUACUUAUCAAUGAGCUGUGCCAUCUUAAAGAAGCUAAUUUAGAUGAUUAUGAGACUGAUUCGGAAGAAGAUGAUGAUCCAUCCUCAGGGGGUGGUCUCACCGACAAGCCAUCUGGCAGCUCACCACCCAAGGCUCGCUUCAUUUCCGAUCUUUAUUUCAACGAUGAUGAUGACGAUAACACCGAUGACGAUCAACUAACCCAGGAGCUGCUCAAGGAUCCAUUAUUCCAAGCCAACAUGGAAGAAAAUCUUACCAAAUUUUUACAAAACUUUUCAAGUAGUGAACAUUUCCCCAUGUUUGCCAGCCAUUUGUCGGAGGCUGAAAAGGCUGUAUUGAAAUCUAUACAAGUUGAAGUUCCUUAAAUUGUU